AUGAAGAUCCUUGACUCCCAGUCAGCAAUAUUAACCAAUGUCGAAGUGCUGGCUCACUUCACCUUGUACCCUCCGCAUCGAUUGCCACAACCCCCGCCCAAUGCGCGGAAUUUCACACCACAUCCGGAUUUACGGGACCAUAAUACUGUUGUCAAAGAGUUUCAUAACUAUGUCACCCGCCUUUCACCACAUCUCCUUAAAUACCCCAGCUUCCUACCCAAACCCACCGCUACAGCUUCUUCCACGGCGCAGAAUGGCACAACUACAACAACGCACACCCAGCAGGAUCCAGACUCAGAACAGACAGACCUCGAUAUCGCCUUGCGCACAAUAAUAACUAGAUUAAAACCCUUUAACCUGACCAAGGCAGAGGUAUUAACAAUCAUUAACCUUGGAGUUGGCUUGGAUAUAAACCCUGAAGGCGAAGGUGCUGCUUCUCCAGCCGAAGAAGACACGGUGAUGCUAGAUGGCAACGUAAAUGGCGAGGCGUCUGACACUGGCGACGGCGGAGCUAAGGAAGAAGAGGCGGACGAUGCAGGAGAUGAGGACUAUGGAGCGCUGGCGCUUCUGGAUACCGUUAUUGAAGAUAGGGAGGAGAGGUUGUCGAAUGAGGAUAUUAGUGAGAUCUUGAAGAUUAUAAGGGAGACGCUUGGGGGGAAGAAAUGA